GCAAAUUGUGACCUGUGCACAGAAGAACCUCGCUACCGCCUGCCAGGCUGAGAAUAUUGCCUUGGUAUUAUUUUGGUUAGAUUGCAGGAGACUCAGCUACUUCUGCGGAUGAUGAUGAAGUGUUUAGUUAUGGCUUCAAGAACUGGAGAGCGGAACGAUUGGAGGGCUGUGUUGGCCAAACCUGAUUCAUCUGCCGUCAAAAGCCCGGUUCCUCUGGUGGCGUCUACCUUAGGUUACCUGUGCCUGCCACUCUCAAUGUGUUUCACUUUGAACGCCGGGCGUACAAACUCAAUUAGUGAAUGGAGACGCAUUCAAUCUUGGGAAUUCAAACGGGCAUGCCAUGAAGAAGCUCUUGUAGUUCUGGGACCAAGGAAGCGUAGCGAGAUGGUGAUUGUCACAUGGGGCGCGUUGGAUAGUCGCACCAUAUAACUAAGUACCUUACCUAUAACAGCACAAGGCAGCUAUUUUCAGCUCACUGACAUCCUGCAAGCCAUCAUAGACCCUGGCAUCUCGAUGCACGCAGCCGGUGGACAGGUGAGAC